AUGAACAAAGUUUUGAAAUCUCAUAAACACAACAUCUCCGAUAUAAAUGAACUUCUUCUGAAAGCAGAUGUUGACAACAAAGCUGACAAAGAAUAUGUAGACGAUGCAAUAGCAAAAGAAGAAGAAAGAGCUAACAAUGCUUAUGCAACAAAAGAACAUACUCAUCCUGAACUAGCAGACAAAACAUAUGUUGACAAUAAAAUGUCAAGUGAAGUGACAAGAGCUGAAAACGAAUAUUCUAAAAAGACUCAUAUACAUUAUAUUAACCAAAUACCAAGUCUUAAGGAAACAUUAGAGACAAAAGCAGAUAAGACUCAUACACAUACCAUUGCAAAUAUUACAAACUUACAAGAAACCUUAAACAGGAAAAGUGACGUUGGACAUACACAUACCAUUGCAAAUAUUACAAACUUACAAGAAACCUUAA